GACGUCCUGGAAACUUCUCUUUCCCCGAGUAGUUUGCGCAAGUUGCCUCUAGCAUGUGCUUUUUGCGGAGUGUGCGAACCUGAAGUGUUUGACAGGUGGUUGGAUUUGAUGGUAAAACGCAAGCACGGCAACAGGGGUAGAAAUCUAGGAGACGUACUACGACUACAAGAACAUCAAGGCAAAGGCAUCUUCACGGAAGAAAAAAUAGAAAAUUAUCUAGGGGAAGUACUACAACUACAAGAACAUCAAGGCAAAGGCAAAGGCAUCUUCACGGAAGAAAAAGUAGAGUACACAACAACAUGGACGUCUGAAUCCGACGUUCGGGAGUUCUUAGAAGGACUCUCAUCAUGGCAUGUGGGCUCGCCAGGCUUACAGCAAACCGGUCUCAGCUUGAUUGAGGAACGAUUGGGAGAACAUCAAUCCAUAGUAGACAUAGAAGAGAAGAAUCGGCAGCAACAGCAACUUGAGAGAUCCUCAAGCGAGCAGAAGAAGUGGUGGACGACAUCUUCGUCGAGCUCUUGGAGAACAUCAGCGUCUCCUUUUCUUUCUUUAAUAUUCUUUGGAACGUCAAGAAUUAUCUCAUCUAGCGCCCCCAGCGGCCCGAAGAACGCGGCAAAAGGAAUUCAACUACACGACAUGACCAGCGCUUCUUCGAAGAGGAAGACCACAAGAUUCUUCAGCGGAAAGAACGGAAAUCAACCACACGGCGCUUCUUCGAAGGGAACAUUGAUUUUGUGGCUCAGGGCACUGUCAAGGGAUAAUUGCAAGCGUGGUGUGAUCCCGGACGUGGACGGUGACUUUCCGGCACCUUCUUUACUCAUUGCUUUGUUGAAGGAAGUAGCAAAAGAAGCUCCGAAAUUUGAUAAGCGUGAGUUGGUUCUCAUAGGCAACGCUUUGUCGUAUCCCAGCUGGCGAAGGGCGGUGGCCGGUCCAGGAGGUGGACUAGGUUUCAGAGGCAAUGGCAGUGCAAAUGAUAACGAGGCACGUGAAGAAGAAGAAGGGGGACGAGACAAUUUCGCGGACCAGGAAGAACAAAGGGAUCAGCAAGAAGAAGAAGGCAGGGACAAAAAUAUUGCACAUGCUAUUGCUCUCACUCGCGACGAGAAUCUGCGCAAAAUUUCCUCUGCAUUUGAAGACUGCUGCCAAGCAGUUGGGGUGUGUCUUGCGGAGGAUCUUGAUUUGCGAGAAGGCAAGGACGGCCAUACAGAAUCAUCAAUGAUCACAAAUGAGCAGGACAAGCAGAAUUUCUCUCGCGAUGACCUCGCUUCGAUAUUUCGAUUUUCCUGGGCAAUUUGUCCGAAUGACUGGCGUCUUUUAGGGAAUUUGCUCCGGGCUAUGGAGAUGAAGGAAAAGGAGACGAACAAGGAGCAGAUCAUGAAGAUGGGAGAAAAAGAAGUAUCAACAUCAAUAUCAAAAUCAAUGUCACAACAGUUUCGU